AUGCUGAAAAAUACAAAUCACUUGUCCAGUACCCCGUCUACUCAUCCAAAUGACCGUGAAAAACUGUUUGAUUUUGGAUUACCGCCCAGUGCAAGAAAAGCUUAUGGAAAUCUCGCUGAACAAUCUACUAGGAAAGCCUAUAGUAAUAUUAAUCUCAGUGAUACAUUAACUGACACAGAUGAGGAUUAUUCACAAAAAGACCGCCGAUAUUCAUACUAUGAUAAUCCUAACACCAAACAGAAUGCAAAAAUAAUGAAAGCAGGUUCAUUCAAUUGCACUGAUUCUUUUAGCUAUGAAAAUGGUUCAAGUGACUGGAAUUCGAAUAAUUAUCGUCACUUUCCACGAUUCAAACCUUCUGAUGAAAAAAUUGAAAAUGAUACACAAUUUGGUAAACAGUCUGAAUCACCAUCUAUAAAUAGAAAUAUUAGUCCUGUUGCAAUUGCUUCAUCUACACCAAAAAUAAAUCAUAAAACACCGACAGUUAUGAAUAUAACAAAUUCAUCUGUUAUUACAGGGAAUUCUUUUGAAGUUUCUGCUGAUGGAAUGAAUAAUAGUAGUAUUACUCAGAAUAAUCCAUUUUCAUCAAGGAAUGCAACACCCACUGCAGAAACUAGUGCAAUUGAUGAUUCACCCAGUAUGAUGAGAAGUAGUGUAAUAUCUCCUAGCAAGUUUAGAACAUUUCAGAUGUCAUCAAACGAAGAUAAGAUUAAUAAUCAACAUAAAAUGAAACAAGAUAAAUAUUUAAAGUCUUCUAAUAUUGUUAUUGUUCAUGCAGAAGAUGUGACUAAUAAUUACAAAGAGAUUUAUCCACGAUUUACUGAAAGUUUAAUGCAUUCAUAUAAAAAUCACAGCAUGACAAAUUCACCAAAAGUGAGUAAUAGACAGCAUAUACAGUUAGUCUAUGCUAAACCAUCGAAAUUGAGAAGGGAUAUUAUGGCACAUAAUGACCAUGAAGAAAUAUCACCAGUGAAAACGAGCAUUGCACCUGUAACUCUAUCAGCGCCUACAGAACCAUAUAUGUUUGAUGACUAUUUUAUAAUUAGAAAACCUGAUCUAAGUGAUAUACCUGAACAAAAGCUUGCAACAUUAUCUAAUCAAUUUGGUGAACUUAAUGAUUCUGUGGAACGUGUUAUUAUUCGUAUAUUCGAUUCAGCUGUAGUUCCAGGUGGUGCACUACGUGGUGUUGUUUAUAUAUGUCUUAAAGAACCAAUUAAAUUGAAUACUUUAACUAUUACCACAGAAAUGAUUACAAAAACAAUAUCUUCAGAUGAGAAACAAGAUAUGGAGAAACGAAUACCUAUAUCAUAUACUGUUUUGUCCGAUGACCCAUCAGUUGGUAAAAGAAUGCCAAUACGUAAAUUUACUUGUCAAGAACCAGAAUUUAUGCAGUCACCAGUAAAAGAAGUUGAUCUUAGUGAUCCAUGUUUCUCACCAUAUAUUGGACCUGUCCAACUUGCUCCAGGUGAUCAUGCAAUUCCUUUUGCAUUUCCUCUGGAAAGUGAUGCACAUCCAUCAAUAUUACUAAAGGGUAAAGUUGGUUUUACGCAUGAAGUAGAAAUUAUUCAUAGAUAUUAUAUCUAUGGAACAAUCAGACUGAGUCGACCAAAUGAAAAUAAUUCAGCAACAAUCAGUACAGAUAAUUUAAAUGUCAAAGUUCUUAGUUGUGGUCCACCAAAUUAUACACUUCCUAAUGGUGGACGAAUACCAGCUAUCAUGAAAACAUUUACAAUGGAAAAUAGACAAAUGUUAAUACAGAUUGAAAAUAUAAUCUUUCAAGAGGCUGAUGAUAUUAAUAUUUAUAUAUUUACGGAUGAACCAGUUGGUAUACGUUAUGCUGAAGCUUAUUUACUUCGUAUAUUUCAUAUACCUGGAUUAAAAGUUUCUGAUACAAAAGCAUUAUAUAAAUUGAAAAAGUAUCCUCCUAAUGUUUUUAUUGAUGGACGUACAGAAAAAACUACUUUUACUGAAAAUCUACCAUUACCAUUCUCUGAAGCAGCUGAAACUGAAAGUGGACGAUUAUUUUCUAAUUCACAACAUUUACCAAGUCAUUAUCGUGAUUUUCGUGUAUCAUGUGAAUCUUUAAACUCAACAGAACAAUCACAAAGAACGUUACAUUGUGAUUCAUUUAAAGAUUUACCUAGAGAUGCCCGUAAAGCCGGUUGUCAUUUAACCUUAAAUGUUCCAAUCAAUUCAGUUCCACAAAGCUGCUUAGAAUCACUGAAGAUAACUUAUUAUAUUAGGGUACUUAUACAUGGUAAACGUAAAGUAAUGGCUUAUAGUUUACCAAUAUCAGUAGUUGAACAACGUACUAAAGAUUAUAAAAUGCGUUAUUUAGGUGAAGGCAAUCAUAUAUACGAUCCAGAAUAUUUAAAAUUAAAACGUGAUAGUAAAUGUUCCGUUUCAUAA